UUGACCUGAGACAACUCCAGGCGAUCUACGAACUACAUAUGGCGCCCACUGGGGUCGCUUCAGGAAUGGAACCUGAACAAGAACUCCUCACGCGCAAGUGCGGCAUGCGAGAUGAUUUGCGUUUAAAACCGCUUAAUGUUGAGAGUGGUCGUGAGAGAGAGGGAGAAUGUAUAUCCUCCCCGUUCUGCAGCCUGGAGAAGCAACCUGACUGCGCUUUCUCAACGUCACAAUUUACUCUUUGUUGCGUACAGCCACCAGAUUUAUGUAUGGGAACCCGCUGGUCCCUGGCAGACUCUAGGUGCCAAACCGUCCAUGAUCAUUACUCCUGUGAUGAAGGACCCAGAUGCUGAAGGAUUCAUUAACCCCGAUUUUCCCCAUGCUAUCAACAAUAUCAUGGUCGAUGACCUGGGUCGGGAUGAAGUCCUCAUCCUCGUGACAGACUCCGGGAACGUUUCUGGCUAUCAUGUGGAAGCAGUCUUCUCUGCAAUUGAACAGGCCUCCCAGGAUGGCCCACAAAGGCCCAUCGAUGGAUCCAAUAUCGAACCUUUUUUCACUGAGAAUGUCUACGCCAGUGCUUGGGGACUUGCAAUCCACAAGUAUGCCCGUAUGAUUGCGGUUUCAGCGAACACCGGUCUCAUUACGGUAUUCGCAUUCGCGCUAGUUGAUCCGACCAAAGAAGCUGAUGAAGACACCGACGAGAAUCUGAAUUUUGCGGACGGGUUCAAUAAUUACGAGCAAAACUGGCUUGAUGUCCAGACACAGGAUGAAUUUGUUCAGUUCCGCCGUCUCAUGCCAGAUCGUUACCGCUCGCGUAAUGUCCGGCUUACGUAUUCAGGUCAUUUUACCAAUAUACCAUGCGUCUCGUUUCUGAACUGCGAUCUCGAUCCGAAUGGAUGUUGGAUGGUCAGCACUGAUAUUGACAACAAACUGCUUCUGUGGAAAGUAUGGGAACUGCAAAGUCCAUUCCAGGCAGUGCAUUUGAGCGAUAUAACUGCAGAGCCAUUUCCGCACACCCUGCGUAAUGAUGAACGUGGUUGGAGCGUUCUCGCCCUCGAUCCGCGUACGUUCCGACCAUGUAGGUCAUAUGUCGAGGCAUGUGGUGGCUGUCCGACGCAGAGAAUGAAGAACGGGAAAACUGUUCUUGACCUGACCAGCCUGAGUAGGCGAGUCCCGGAUGCUUCCCAUCUUUACAGUUACUUCCCACCAGCCGUUAAAGGGGAUGCUACAGAAGAAUUGACCUUGCCUGACAUUUUCGACACCGAUUGCUGCAUCAGUAAAGAGAAGAGCUCGUCAUCAGAUAGAGAGUCCGGAGAUGAUAGUGACACAUAUUCCGACUCUAUGUCGGAUUCUGAUGAUGGCGAUCAUGAUGCAGACAAAUAUGCUGACGCCCCAGAUGGUUCUGGGCGCGAACAUGCUUUCCUGGCUGGCCUAGACCGACCUGAAGGGAGUCUACGAACAGUGGAUGCUCAAGUCGGGAGUAUAAGUGAACGCAGCAUGCAUGUGGACGAAUCCCAUACAACUCAAAGUGCUGCAAAUUCUAAUGGCGACUCCGGAGACCCGUCACUGGAAACAACUGGACCGGUGCGUGGUGCGACGAUGCGCACUCUCGCCCAAGGCUCGAUGGCCGCUGCUGAAGCCCUCCAAAACGCGUUAGAAGAAGCCUUCGACGAGCUAUCUGGUAUAGAGUCUGGUCCCAUAGAGUCUUACUCCGAUGACGAGAGCUUCUAUUUCGCCCAAGACCACAUGGAUUACAUUGAAAGCGAUGAAGAUGACAGCGACGACGGCUCAAAUGUUGACCAUAAUCCGAAUGCUGUCUUGUCGGGGCUUAAUGAUCUGGAUCAUCUGCCAGAACCGCCCACUCCAGCCUGUUCCGAUUUCCCUAUCCUUCACUUCUCACAAACAGACAUUCGCCUCUUCCCUAGUCCAUAUUCACUAUCUCCUACGGUGGUCUGCGGAAAUCCACUCUGGCAACCUUUCACGCAUCCUAUCCUCACAAUCCGUGCCUGUGACCGUUUCAACAUGGUCAAGUACGUCCCCGAGCACGGUAUCGUCGUUGCCGCUACGCAAAAGGGCCGCGCAGCAAUCAUCGCUCUUACUGAAGCACAAAACAAGGGCCUUGCAUUCAAGAUCAAUUGGAUUGUACCACUAGAGAGCCAGGAGAAAUACGGGGAGCGUCCCCUCAUUCCACUCCUUGGGAUGGCAGUUGGUCCUGUUCAGGGAUUCGAACUACCGCCUGAUGUAGCCUACAUCCCUCGACGAGUGGUCAACGAAGACGACAUCACUUUCCACUACAGAUUUACUGAUUCUCAGGAAGGAGACAGUUCAAAUGCAGAAUCAGGGCCUGAUGAUGGCGUUCAUGACACAGCAAGCACCAAUUCCAAAAAGAACAUCCAUCCAUCAAGUAUCAGCUCUGACGACAAAAAUGCCACUCAAACAUCAGAACAUAGCGGCCCUAAGCCACUUACUCUCCCCGAAUGUCACGCAAUGGCAUCUCGAAUCUAUCAACCCGACGAGAAAUGGCGGGGCUGGAACCCUUCUCGUCGUUACCGCUUGCUGCUGACCUACGCCGAUAACACAGUCAUGAGUUACGAAUUCUGGUAUGAAUGGUCAGAGGCAGUGGUUGGCUCUGAUUAUGAUGGUGAUAGGGAUGAUUUUCUCUAUCUUUAAAUUAAAUUAGGAACACUCGACAUUCAUAUCCCCUGUAUCGUUAAUAUGUUUCUUUUCGACACAGCAUUGAAAUUUCGCAGAUGCCAGAUCCAUCUAUGUCCUGCAUAGGGAAGCUUUCGUUUCAUUUCCGACUAUUCCCUCGCGGGAAGAGUAAUUAAAGGCCUAGUAACCUGCAACAGGAGUUUCAAGGAUUGGAGCUGUCUCGUACGGAAGAUGUAUGUAUUGUCCAAGUGCUACAGAGUAACAUGGCAUAGCAAAAUACAAGGAUAAUGGAGACGACAGCUAU